AUGGACUUUGACGCCUGUGUACAGCGGCUUCGCAGCGGCGCGGCCGUCAAGUUCCCGCCCGACGCCAACUCCGUCGCUUUUGCGCAGCAUAUGGACGGCCAGGACAAGCUGCGGCACCUGCGCGACGAGUUCGUCCUGCCGACGAAGGCGUCGCUGAAGAAGAAGGCCCUUGAUGGCAAGCUGCCCCCCCAACUCACCACCACCGACGCCGUCAAUGGCGUCAAUGGCCACGCCGCAGACGAGCAGUGCCUCUACUUUGUCGGCAACUCCCUCGGCGCCCAGCCCAAGGCCGUCCGGCGGCACCUCGACGCCCAGCUGGAGACGUGGGCGUCCAUUGGCGUCAACGGCCACUUCACCGACAUGGCCGACUCGCCCCUCACCCAGUGGCAGGACAUGGCCGAGGACUGCGCCAACAAGUCGGCCGACCUCGUUGGCGCGUCCCCCGACGAGAUCGUCAUCAUGAACACGCUCACCAUCAACCUGCACCUGAUGAUGGCGAGCUUCUACAAGCCCGACGCCAAGCGCCACAAGAUCAUCCUCGAGUGGAAGCCCUUCCCCAGCGACCACUACGCCAUCGAGGGCCAGGUCGUGUGGCACGGCCUGGACCCGGAGAAGAGCAUGGUCAAGAUUGAGCCCGACGCCGGCACCUCGCUCAUCCCGACGGAAAAGGUGCUGCGCACGAUUGACGAGCACGCCGACGAGACGGCCCUGCUGCUGCUCCCCGGAAUCCAGUACUACUCCGGCCAGCUAUUCGACAUCCCGCGCAUCACGGCCUACGCCAAGGAGCGCGGCAUCGUCGUCGGCUGGGACCUCGCCCACGCGGCCGGCAACGUCGAGCUCAAGCUGCACGACUGGGACGUCGACUUUGCCUGCUGGUGCACGUACAAGUACAUCAACGCCGGCCCCGGUGCCAUCGCUGGCGCCUACGUCCACGAGAAGCACGGCAAGGUCGAGUGGGCCGACGGCCGACCGACGUACCGCCCGCGGCUGAUGGGCUGGUACGGCGGCGACAAGAGCGUGCGCUUCAACAUGGACAACAUGUUUGUGCCGACCCCCGGCGCCGCCGGCUACCAGGCGUCGAACCCGUCCGCCAUCGACCUCGCGAGCCUGUCGGCCGCCCUGUCCGUCUUCAACAAGACCAGCAUGGCGGACCUGCGCAGCAAGGCGCUCGUCAUCACGGCCUACGCGGAGCACCUCCUCAACCAGAUGCUCACGGAGCAGCCCGCGGGAGAGAAGCCGCUGUUCGGCAUCAUCACCCCGUCGGACCCGUUGCAGCGCGGCACGCAGCUAAGCGUGCUGCUGCGCGAGGGUCUGCUCGAGCGCGUGACGCAGGCGCUCGAGGAGAACGCCGUCAUCUGCGACAAGAGGAAGCCCGACGUCAUCCGCGUCGCGCCCGUGCCGCUGUACACGCGCUUCGAGGAUGUGUGGAAGUUUAUGCAGGUGCUCCGAGGGGCGCUGGGCCUCAAGCAGCAGUGA